CCAACUACUACGCUCACGUCAACAGUCCAGCCAACAACUACACCAACAAUUACCACAACCGAGGGACCAACUACUACACUGACGUCAACAGUGCAGCCAACAACUACACCAACAAUUACCACAACUGAAGGACCAACUACUACACUGACGUCAACAGUGCAACCAACAACUACACCAACAGUAAUCACAACUGAAGCACCAACUACUACGCUCACGUCAACAGUCCAGCCAACGACUACACCAACAAUUACCACAACCAAAGAACCAACUACUACGCUGACGUCAACAGUGCAACCAACCACUACACCAACAAUUACCACAACUGAAGGACCAACUACUACACUGAUGUCAACAGUGCAGCCAACAACUACACUAACGGUUACCCCAACUGAAGAACCAACUACUACGCUCAUGUCAACAGUGCAGCCAACAACUACACCAACAUUUAUCACAACUGAAAAACCAACUACUACGCUUACGUCAACAGUGCAGCCGACAACUACAACAAGAGUGACCACGACUGAAGGACCAACGACUACGCUCUCGUCAACAGUGCAACCAACCACUGCACCAACAAUAAUCACAUCUAAAGAACCAACUACUACGCUCACGUCAACAGUCCAGCCAACAACUACACCAACAAUUACCACAACCGAAGAACCAACUAUUACGCUGACGUCAACAGUGCAGCCAACAACUACACCAACAAUUACCACAACUGAAGGACCAACUACUACACUGACGUCAACAGUGCAGCCAACAACUACACCAACAAUUACCACAACUGAAGGACCAACUACUACACUGACGUCAACAGUGCAACCAACAACUACACCAACAGUAAUCACAACUGAAGCACCAAUUACUACGCUCACGUCAACAGUCCAGCCAACGACUACACCAACAAUUACCACAACCGAAG